GAUGUGAAGUGUCGCUUGGAAGGGCUGGAUGAAGAUGGAGGGCUUCCAUCAGUAAUUAGUGCCAAUUUAAUAAUGAAAUCGAGACUUUACAGCCUAAUUUACGCUGAUUUUGACCUAUGCGAAAAUAUACUGACGUUAGAGUAAAGUGGGGCAAAAGCUCGCAGAAAAUAAUCUAAUGGCUUUCCUUUCUGGAGCGCAGCCGGACAGCGAAAACUUCGCUGGCUGCUGGACUGUAGGCAGAUAACACGACGUCAUAAAGCAUUACCCGGAUAAGAAUAGAACCGGCCAGAUAGAGAUUGUCCGGUGUGAGGAACUACCGGCCGCAGUUGCACCCGCCGCCAGGUCGCGACUUUAGGCGUGCAAAAUCACUCCACACCAACGACGACGACGACGAAGACGCGGCGACUCUAAUCUCGUGCUCCGGCCCCUUAUCAGAAGCAGUUAGAUGACACUGCGCUACACAUUAGAACUGCCUUGAACCCCGCGCGGAACACCGGACGCAAUCGCAGCGUCAAACCUGGACCCGUGGCAAAAUUUCGCUUGGUAAAGAACUCGCACCCAAAAACUGAAAGAACACAUUAGAAAAAUACUAAUUGACAGCGAUAAGCUGCUUGGCGCCACCGCUUGCUGCGAUCGAUCGGGACAUGCGUAAGAACAUGUAAGCGUCUUUUUCGCGGCUUUUUUUUUCUAGGUGUGGCGACGACGACGACGACGACAACAAUAACAACAGCAAAACCCAGUGCACAUUCGGGGUAGAUCAGGAAAUUUUGGUGCCGUCACGGCGUGCCGGCCCGGAAGAAGUGAUAAGAGCUUCUACCGACAAGUACGGAGAAACGUGCGUGCAGGAAAAAGAAAAGUACCAAAACAAAAGACGUUAUCUGCUGGUGCCUGCUCCUCCUCCGGUAGGAUGCUGCUGGUUAAUGCUGGAUUUCGGCGAGAUUACGUCGACUGGAAGUGGACGUGAACGCGAACGCGGACGUAGAUGACGCAGUAGAAUUGGGCGCCCUCGAAUCGAUAAGUUAACGGCUACGCCGCCAGUGGUGAUCAGUGUCGAUCGUGACUUCGAAGCAACUGGCAGCUCUCUUCCUAUCUUGACCUAAGCUAAAGUGAAGUGUAGAAAACAAAAGUUGAAGGAAUUUUUUUCCAACCCCGAGUGUGUCUUACUAGCAAAUGCAUAUCAAGUGUUCUUGUUUAAAAAAUCUCACCGGAAGAGUUUCUAUUCGGCGGUUCUACUGGGUAGUCGUGCUCGACAAGGGGUAAACUAAACGACCGUUUCGUACGUGUGUGAGAAAAAAAAAUUAAAGUGGAAGCAAAAAUGGCUCCGAAUCAGCGCGAUAUUGAAGCUGCUCCCCUAUUGGAUGAAAAUUGUAAUGAUCAACUUCUGAAACCAUCCCCACUGGAAUUCAGUGGCCCAAGAAAACCAAAAUCCUACGGCGCUACCAAUCAAUGGCAGAAGAUCAUUUGCUACGACCCAUUGCAGCACCGAAAACUGGAGAAUCCCUGCACUAACUUGGACACGCUGAUGCACAUCCUGAACGGAAACCUAGGCACCGGGAUCCUUGCAAUGCCAAAUGCCUUCAAGCACUCCGGUCUGUACCUGGGAUUCUUCGGAAUCCUGACGAUGGGAAUCAUCUGUACCCACAGUAUGCACAUCUUGGUGAAGUGUUCCCGCGAGCUUUGCCGGCGGUAUCAAGUGCCGUCGCUCUCGUUUUCCGAAAUUGGCCGAUACGCCUUCGAGUCCGGCCCAAGCUCGCUGCAAAAACUUGCCCGCAUCGUUGCGGUUCUCAUUAACUGCUUUCUGAUAGUGAUGCAGAUCGGGUUCUGUUGUGUUUACUAUCUCUUUGUUGCCGUCAAUCUGUGCGAUUUCCUCGACUAUGUCGGCAUCCAGUUGGACGUCCUGACUGUGCUGUUAGGUCUGUUGAUUCCACUGACAGCACUGAACAUGAUACGGAGUUUGAAGUUCCUCACUCCAACGUCGUUGGUGGCUUCCGUACUAGCGAUCAGUGGAAUAACGAUUGCGUUCAUAUUCCUACUGCAAGAUCUGCCACCCAGCAACUCCGUAGCUCCGAUAUCCGGUUGGAGCACACUGCCUCUCUACUUCGGGAUGGCAAUGUACGCAUUCGAAGGUAUUGGCGUUGUUCUGCCGCUGGAGAGUAACAUGAAAACACCGAAGGACUUCUGCCGGUGGAACGGAGUUCUGAACACCGGGAUGACGAUCGUAACCUGCCUCUACUCUGCGGUCGGCUUCUACGGAUAUCUGAAGUACGGUGAUGAAGCCCAAGGAAGCGUGACGCUUAAUUUGCCCAGCGAAGAACUAUUGGCGCAAAUGGUACGACUGCUGAUGGCAGUUGCGGUGUUUGCAUCCUACGCUCUCCAGUUCUACGUUCCGAUGACCAUCAUCGGACCGAUCGUUCGGCGUUGGUUUGGUUCCCAAACGGCUCAAGGGGCAGCCGAGUGUACGCUGCGCUUUGCGCUGGUUCUACUGACGUUUAUAAUGGCGGCGAACAUUCCCAAUCUGGGCGCGUUUAUUUCAUUGAUCGGAGCCGUUAGCACCUCGGCGCUGGCUCUGGUGUUUCCACCGGUGGUGGAAAUCAUCACCUUCUGGCCGAGUCGAAAGUACGGCCGCUGGAAUUGGAUUCUCUGGAAGGAUAUUCUGAUUACCGUCUUCGGACUAGCGGGAUUCGUUAUCGGUACCAGCACCAGUGUGGUGGAAAUUAUCACCGAUUGGAAGUAGGAAGCUGCUGCAAGCGCGCAGUUUGUUUAUUUAUUCGUUCUUUUUCAAAUGCCUUGAAGUGUUCUUGUUUUUAGUAAUCGGGUAGGAUGAUGAGAGCAAAGUAUCAAUUGUGAUAGUGGAAGUUUCGUGAAAAUUUUAUUAUGCGAGAUGUUUGUUUUACUUAUUGAUAGGAACCUAUAACAUAAGAAAGUGAAUAUUGACAGUGUACCAUAGUUUAUUAUUUAAGAACUGGU